AUGUCGACCCCUUCUUCCAUCCCGAGAGGCGGCAGAGGCGACGUACCCGACACGCCAGUCAACACGCCUGCCCAGCCACCGUCCACCGCCUUUUCGAGACCCCAGGUGCCUAGCGCCAUCGUUGAAGACGAGGGCGAUGAGGAUGAAGAUCAGGUGAUCGAGCCCACACCGUCUGCACGACAGGCCGUCGCAGUUCAAGCUGCUCAGUCGCUCACUGCCGGCAAUGCUGCAGAGGCACGCGCUGCUCUUGCCUCUCAUCCUGCCUUUGCCGAGCUCGUCCAGGGACGUCUGAAUGACCUCGUCGGACAAUCCUCAGGAUACAUCGAAUCUCUCCCACCGGCAGUGCUCAACCGCGUCGAUGGUCUCAAAGGCCUCCAAGUCGAACACAGCAAGAUCGAAGCCGAAUUCCAGCUUGCCAUUCUUGAUCUCGAAAAGAAGUUUGCUCAGAAAUUCAAGCCCAUCUACGACCAGCGCAAGCAAAUCAUUCUUGGGUCGCUCGAACCUGAGCGAACGCUCGUCGAGGCCGGACAACAGCGUGAUCUCGAGGAGGAUGAUGCCUUGCUCGAUGAAGAUGAUGAGGAAGAGGAAGAGACCGAAAGAGAGAUGCGACCCGCUCCGACGACAGAACAGAUCCAGUCGGCUCCUGCCGGCGUGCCCGAGUUCUGGCUGACCGCGCUCAAGAACCACUUGGGCAUCAACUCUCUCAUCACCGACAGAGAUUCAGAGGCGCUCAAAUUCCUCAUCGAUCUGCGCGUCGACUACGAGCUAUCCAAGCCCCAACCUGGCUUCAAGCUUGUCUUCGAAUUCGGUCCUGGCGCAGAAGCAUACUUCUCCAACAAGACACUCGAAAAGACUUACUUUUAUCAGGAUACGGUCUCGUACGAGGGCGAUUUCGUCUAUGAUCAUGCAGCAGGCUGCGAUAUCAAGUGGAAAGACGGUAAGAACCUGACUGUCAAAAUCGAGACGAAGAAGCAGCGCAAUAAGAAUACGAACCAAACCAGAAUCAUCAAAAAGUCGAUCCCGACUGAAAGCUUCUUCACCUUCUUCGCGCCGCCUGCGCCACCGUCAGAUGAGGAUGACGCAGAUGCAGAAGAUGAGGAUGAUCUCCACGAAAGGCUCGAAUUCGACUAUCAGGUCGGCGAAGAUCUCAAGGAGCGCGUCAUCCCUCGCGCUGUCGACUACUUCACCGGCAAGGCUCUCAGAAUGGAAGCCGACGACCAAGAUGACUCUGAGCUGUUUGACGACGAGGAAGAUGAUGAAGAUGACGAUGACGAGGACGAGCUGCCAGCAUCUGGACGAAGAGUUCAGCGACUGCAAGCGACAGCGCCGCCUGCUGCGACUGGCGUCACGCCUGUUUCCAAUCAGGAUCCGAGCGAAUGCAAGCAGCAAUAGGCGAACAGCGAGCUCAUGCAAUACUACUCGGCAAGGUGGAACUCUACUGCAACCAAUCUCUACUGUAACUCCAAUCCAUUGCUCUCCAGUGCUGCGCGUGUCCUCGCCUGCUCAUACGCAGUCGCUUUGUGAUUAUUGCGGAAAGCGGAUCGCUUGCUGUCCACAAGCGAGAGAUCCCCGAAAGC